CUAAUGAACAGUGGCCAGGUCGACUGUCUACACACGCUUCCACACAAUGUCUCAAUAAAGAACAAAAUACGAAACAGAAGCAACGAACAAUGCCCCGCCACCUCCUCCGCCGACAGCCCGCUUCAAUCCAAGCCCGAGACCGAGAUCAAGAGUUGAACUUGACCCCAAAUGUAGACGCUACUACCCCCAUUAACGCCCCCCAAGUAGUGCGAACAAACCGUGGAGCGACGGCCAUGCACACCUAUGCUUCUCUUACACCGUCACAGUUUCAAACCCCUCAACGCGGUGCAUCUUCGACGCAGUCGCGAUUACACCCGCCGUCAGGCCUGGCUGAUUUCACCAGUCCCGCUGCGGCGCUCUAUUCACUGUUUGGGAGAGGUAUAACUAGCCGGAGACAGCACGUGGACAUGCCGCGUGAAGAUGACGAGGAGGAAGUAGUGGACGAUGAGGUUGGCAGCGAUGAAGCGCAAGAGCUGGCGGAACAAGAUCAGGUUUUAGGACAAGUUGACGUUGUGGAAGAGGAUGAAAUUGAAGAAAAUGAAGAUGGGAUGAUUGAAGAGGAUGGUGGGGAAGAAGUUGAAAUGGGUGAGGAAGAUGAAGAUGAAGAAGGCGACGAAUUGAUGGAUGAUCGAGAACGGACGUCUUCUCCUCUGCCUGCGAACCUUCGCGAGAUUUCAUCCUUAGCCUCAUGGACGGUUUCAACACACAAACCAGGAUGCGGCGUCAAUGCCCUGCGUAAUCCAUCUCCUCUUCAGUACUGGCAAUCUGACGGUCCCCAACCACAUACCCUUACCCUACACUUCUUUAAGCUGGUCGCGGUGGUUAAGAUACGUGUGUAUCUGAAUUUCGAUCUCGAUGAGAGCUAUACGCCUACGAAGAUGGUAUUCCUUGCUGGUAUGGGUGGUAAUGAUCUUGUAGAAUUCGCAACGUGGGAAGGGGAAGGGCCUUGCGGGUGGAUAGACAUUCCACUGGACGGUGUUGGUGGGCGGAAUGGAGGCUGGGUCAGUCAGAGGAUGAGCGCGAGUAAACGAAGAAGGCGAAAGCAAAGCCAGGUGCGAAGCAAGAACAAACUCAAGAACAGAUGUCAGCAUGCCUCCACGGCCGGGCUACGAACAGAUCUCGGGUAUGACCAUAGUGCUAUAAUCUCAGGCCCGGAAGAUCCAAUCGACCACUACGACGACAUCGUCUCUGAAGGAGGAUACGAUGACGACGAGGCAGAAGACGACCUUAACGAAGUCGUCGAUGACAUGGAUGAUCCCUACGCCGGAAGUGUUCUCAAAGCAAUGGUCAUUCAGAUGCGAGUUAUUGAGAACCACCAAAACGGCAAAGAUACCCACGUCCGAGGCUUUCAGGUUUUCGCAAAAGACGAUGAUCAUCGCCGUAUGAGUAUUGCCCCUUCUGCCUCUGCGAGUUCCAGGCGAAGGCAGAGCGUCCGGAGGUCCCUCCGUGCGUCCGCGAAGGAUGCCAUCGACGACAUAGGCGGCGGCGGCGCUGAAAAUGCAACUGCUCUUGAGGAACCGGAUUGGAUGGGUGAACCUGUUAUUCGGUAAUUUGGGGGGAUUCUCUUGGUGUGUGCGUGGUUUCGUUUCAUUUAUCGCAGGUGUUAAGAGGCAGGGAUCGGUGUUUCGCUCCCCUUGCGAUAUUGGUUGAUGGGAAAGCAUGCGAGAAAGUGCUUGAAGCAGCUUUAUCUGGUUUCCUCAUUUUUACAAUUCAGCAUAAAGAUACCCA